CUGCGCGGCCGGGUGGCCUCGGCGGUGGCGGGUCCGCGGCGGGUGCUGCAGCAGGAGCCGCGAGAGCCUGGGGGCGGUGACUGCCCGACAUCGUCCUGGUCUGGUUUACCUCCUUCACGUCUCCUGAGCACUGCCUCAUUCCCACACAUCUUUUUGGUCCGUCUGAAACGGAGUGCAGAGAAAGGCCAGCAACGCAGGCUGCCUGCACGGAGAAUUAAUCCCCCACCUCCUCCGAAGACAGAAAUUGAGUCUGUACCUGGCCGUGGCUGAUGAAGCGUUUGUAGCAGAGGGAAAGAGGGAGAUGCUAGGGAACACCAGAGACUGCAGACCCACAUUUGUCAUUGCUUUAAGUUAAUUAACGACACCCCAGUUGGACUGGCGCGCGUGGGACUGCAGAAGGUAAAUGGCUUCAGGAACCAGGUUUCUGAAGGGAAUCCGGCACUUGCUGAAAAGAGCUAAAUGGUGUGUAAGAAUAUGACCGUUUCUCCUGAACCCUGUGAAAGGCACCUGAGUCAGUCCUGCGCGGGGGUGUCUGCAGGGACAUCUGCUCCGGGUCUCAGCUGCGGCUGCCGGUGGGGGAAGGAAGCUGCCGGAGCAUGCGGCUCCCGCGGGGACCGUGGGGCUUUGGUGGCUGUGUCCCGUCCUCUGGAGGCGGUGGGAGAUCAGAGCAGAUGUCCCAGACCUUGAUCCAGAUUGAGCAGGGACUCAAGGCCAAGGCUCAAGAAGGCGACGAGUUUUCAGCACACUGUGAUGUUUAAGAGGCAGGUUGCUGUGCUUCAUCCUGGCUCAAGCGCCACGAGCAUCUCCCAAGGGAAGGUACGGGACUGACCGUGGAGCCUUUCCCAGGAGACGCGCCGGAGCCAGGCGAUGGAGGCUUCAAAGGCUGGGCUGAACUUAGCUUUGCGUGGAAGCACCUACCACCCAGGCACAGCGCUGCGCGCCGAGCUUCUGGCACGGAUGCGCCCAGGCUGAGAGCAUGGCAGCAGCCUCUGUGCCUGUUGAUGGCUGAAGAAACCCGGUAAUGACCCAGACUAACCAUCACUUCCAGCUGGUCGAGUCCUGCGGAUGCCAGAUACGCUGUCUCGCCAAAGCAGGAGCUCCCCGCAGCUGUGCACGCUCCGCAGGCCCUGUCCCUGCUGCAAGCCCUCACACGUAUCCGACACGGACAGAGGAAUAGGAAGGUCAACACGGAGUUUCGGUGUGUCAUGUCUGUGUUGUAAGAACUGUGGCGUUUGCAUGCUGGCCUGCAACUCCGCUUUAUUAUGUCUCAUAAAACCCUAUUCCAUGAACAGUGUCCUGUGGAAGCAAAGACACAAAUAACAGUCAUUGCGAUAUGACCACAUGUUGUCCAAAGCCCGUAGCGGGGUGCCGUGUGGCGGCCCUCAGCCGCUGAGUGGCUGUGGCUGGACCGGUAAAGCACUGGCAUGAGAGGGCUGCAGGCCCAUCCUCAUCCUCCUGAGCACGCGAGGCAGGGCCAGGCAGCCUGGGUGCCAGCCCCCUGCCACCACCUCUGCAGGGACGUCAUGGGCCCGUGCCAGACGUCUCUGGAGACUCCCUAAGGCAGGGUGGGGACGUGUUUCUGGGCAGGAUGCUGCACACUCAACUUAAGGACUCGGAUCAAUUCCUCCUUGAAAGCCUCUCUCCAUCUUCUUCUCCGUAACUUACGUUCCCUUAUAGAAGAAACUCGUGGAAAGCUGCGGGUUCAGCUCUCCGUGUGUUAACGGCUACCUUGCUAAGCUCCUUACAGCAAGGGUAGGAUGCAGGUCAGCGUUGCCGCCUCUUGAGCGCAAAGUGUUGUGGUGGAGCUCAGAAAUGCGCGGUCCCACUGCUGAAAACCCUGUGCCCCCAAGGUCGUCCUCAGGAUCCGCCUGGCCCCUCUCCCGCUGGCCGUACGCUCACAAGCAGGGCCGCGGCUUGGCGGAGCAGGCUGUAGCUGGUAGCUUACAGGCAGACGGAGUCAAGCUGGACGCGUGGAGCAGCGCCCUGAGAAAAGAGCCCUUAAACGCCAUGCGGGGAGAUGCAAUGUGUCAUCUGCUGCUCAGGCUGGAGACGGAGCAAAGGGCGUCCGGCAGCGAUGGAAGAUGCUGGGGCAGGCGGAGGCGAGGGCUAGCAGAGAGCCAGCUACGCCGAGCCCCGCCAUGAACUGCUGCUGACGCUGCAGCACCGGAGCUGGAGGGGUGAGUAAAUCUCGGUGGUUACGUAGCAGAGCCUGAAAGUUUCUGCUGUCUUUGCUUCAGGGACUGCUGCUGAAAGGAUGUAUCGGGAUAGCGGGACAGCCACGCGUUUGCAGCCUGCCUGCUAAGCCCUUCGCCGCACAUUAAGCCGGGACCAGUGGUGUUGUCCUUCAGCCACCUCUGAGAGCCGCAGCCAGAGGCGACUGGCCCCCGAGCUCACCCCUCUGCACCAGGUGAAGACGAGUGUUCCCACUUGUCCUGGCCCACUGCCACGGAACACACACGCCAAGAUCACAUGUGUGCAGCAUGUCUUCCCACUUCAUUGACGUUUUGCUACUUGAGAGCACUCUUCUGUGAGAGGGAGAAAUCUGGAGGACCCAACCCAAAAUCAGGUCGUCAAUAUGGAGAUGAGCCCAAAUGGAAUUAGCGGAAAUGCAACAUUUUACCUUUUCCUGGCUCUCUGGUGUGAAGUCACGCGACGUGGUCGAGGUGCUGGAGUAUAACCUUUCAGCGGGGGUUUACAGCGACGGCGUGGAAAGCUUCAGAAAUCCUGCAGGGCCGGCCCCGCUGCACCCCUGGCCGGACGGGCACGCGUGUCCCCUGGGACAGUUCCCCUGCGGCAACCUCUCCGUCUGCCUGCCCCAGGCCCUGCACUGCAACGGGGCGGAGGACUGCGACAACGGCGCUGACGAGGAGAACUGCGUGGACGACAGCGGCUGGCUGCAGAUCCUGGGCGACAUGCUGUCCGCGAGGACCGGCAGGGCGACGGCAGACGCCGAGGCGGACGCCUGCUGGCUGGAGCUGGUCCCGGAGCGGUGCCGCUGCCGCGGAAGCACGGUGGACUGCACGGCGCGGGACCUCGGCGCUGUCCCGCCGGCCUCCUCCAACGUGACGAAGAUGGACCUCAAGAAAAAUAAAAUUCGUUCACUGCUGGACCAUCAGUUUGCUGCGUACAAGAGCCUGGAGAAGCUCUUUUUGCAAAACAACAAGAUCCGAUCAAUCUCUCCCAAGGCCUUUGCUGGGCUUUUUCAGCUUAAAAUGCUGUUCCUCAGCCACAACAAGAUCGCCCAGCUGAAGCCCAGGGUUUUUGAGGACCUCCAUCGCCUCGAGUGGCUGAUGCUGGACAACAACCGGAUCGCCCGGGUGGCCCCGGCCGCCUUCGCAGGGCUGAGGUCGCUGUAUUUCCUGUACCUGCUGAACAACUCGCUGAGCAGGAUGCCCAGUGCCUCCCUGUGCGCCGAGGCGCCGAAGCUCAGCUGGCUGGAGCUGGAGGGCAACCGGAUCCGCGCGGUGCGCAGGGCCGCGCUGCAGGAGUGCCGCCACUUCACGGUGCUGAUCCUGCGUAGGAACAAGAUCAGGUGGAUCCAGGACGGGACCUUCUCCAAGCUGCACAGGCUGGUGGAGCUGGACCUGUCGGCCAACAGCCUGGGCGAGCUGCCGCCGUCCUUGUUCCGGGGGCUGGUGGGUCUCCAGCAGCUGAAUAUUUCCUACAACCCCUUGAAACAGAUCCUCCCCGGCCAGUUUGAAAGCCUGCCCCAGCUGCGGUCGCUGAGCUUGGAAGGGCUGGAGAUCCCCAACAUCCACAGCGUGACCCUGCGGAAGCUCGCCAACCUCUCCCACAUCUACUUCAAGAAGUUCCAGUACUGCAGCUACGCGCCCCACGUGCGCAGCUGCAAGCCCAACACGGACGGCAUCUCCUCCUUCGAGAACCUCCUCGCCAACAUCAUCCUGCGAGUCUUCGUCUGGGUCAUCGCCUGCAUAACCUGCUUCGGGAACCUCUUCGUCAUCUGCAUGCGGUCCUUCAUUGUCACCGAGAACAGCCAACACACCAUGGCCAUCAAGUCCCUGUGCUGUGCAGACUGCCUCAUGGGCAUCUACCUCUUCGUCAUUGGAGCUUUUGACCUCAAGUACUCGGGUGAAUACAACAAGCACGCCCAGGCGUGGAUGGGCAGCCUCCAGUGCCAGCUCGUGGGUAGCCUGGCCAUGCUGUCCUCCGAGGUGUCCGUCUUGCUGCUGACUUACGUGACCCUGGAGAAAUACUUCUCCAUUGUUUUCCCGUUCAGCCACUACAGAGCUGGCAGGAAACAGACCAUCUCUAUGCUGGUAAUCAUCUGGCUUCUGGGCUUCUCCCUCAGCAUCAUCCCCUUGUGGUGCAAGGACUCCUUUGGAAACUAUUAUGGGAGGAACGGGGUGUGUUUCCCGCUGCAGUCUGACGUGAGCGAGAGGCCCAGCGCCAGAGGCUACUCUACUGGGAUCUACCUGGGCUUGAAUCUCGUGGCGUUCAUCACCAUAGUCUUUGCCUACACCAGCAUGUUCUACUCCAUCCACGUCACUGCAUCCAAAACAGCAGAAAGAAGUGUCUGCUCCCGGGAAGUGGCCAUUGCAAAGCGGUUCUUCUUCAUUGUCUUCACUGAUGCUCUCUGCUGGAUACCCAUCUUCCUCCUCAAGCUGCUUUCCCUGCUGCAGGUGGAAAUACCAGGUACCAUCACCUCCUGGGUGGUCAUUUUCAUCCUGCCCAUCAACAGCGCCCUCAAUCCCAUCCUCUACACCAUCACCACCACCUCCUUCCAGGAAAAAGUCAAGGGGUGUUUGCAGACAAAGCAGCUGGAGCUGCAGGAGUCCCGGAAGAGCUUUACCCUGGUGACAACACAGGUCAGCAGUGCCUGACCGUACCCAGCAGCAAGCCGGCAGCACAAGGACAUACAGGGCUCUCCAGACCACAGCGGUCCCACCCCAGGGGCACUGGCUGGCUUUACCCACCAUCGCUACCUUGGAAAGAAACAGCGUCUCUCCUUCAGCAUCUUUUCUUGAGCUCAAACAGCCCUUUACCAGGUGGGAGGCACUGAGCCAAGGUACAGCAGCAAUGACGCAUGAGGUAGUUCUUGAAGAAGGGGUGUAGAGGAGGGCUGUCUCCCUUCCCCUCUUGCAUGGUUUCUGCAGAUCUUGGUGGCUUUAGCCUGGCAGCCUGGCGUGGGGACAGCUGCUGCAAUGGUCUUGGGAAGAACUGCAAGCCCCUUCAAGGGGAAGAGUUGUUGCAAGGGGUUGGGAGCCUCAUGGGAGCAAGUCUGGCUGCUGGGAACCUAGUGAAGAUUUUUUUUUUCCCCCCUCUCCUUGAUGAGGAGGAGGCAAAAACCUGGAACAGGCUAGCAGCUGCCUGCCUCCCUUGAGAGCUGCAGCAGGGGACAAGCGCAGUGUUGCAAAGCCCCGGGUAAGGCCCCGUGUGAGCUGCUUGUGGAGUCCCUCUGCUUGGUGGUCGCUGCUGUGCCUACGGCUGAGCUGGGCAGCGAGAGGAGAGCCCGGCGCUGCCUCCAGCCUGCACGUGGACUGCUGGAAUAACGUGGAGGGAUAACGUGAGCGAGGCAGACUUUGCGUACCUGCACGCGUCUCCUGCUGCCUCCAGGGACGGGGGGAUAUUUAAUCCCACUGCUGGGCAGCACCAGGCAAGUGUCCCACCCCCUUCCACCGCGGCUGCUGCCUGGAUCCUUCUGCAAGGCUCAGCUCCUGUUUUGCCUUGUGCUUUACAGUUGCUGUCAAAUCCCCUCCUUGGGCUCAUUCUGCGACACCAGAGACAUGGCCAGAUGGCUUCAGAUAACCAUCCCCCAGCGCCACAAAAAAAAAGUACAUUACCCUCUUCUGUAGUGUUUCUGUGUUGGAAGGAAUCAGACAGCAGCAGUCACUAACCAUGAAGGCUGCCUCGUCAGCCAGCAGAUAUCGUUAGUACUUUAUUAAUUACACGGAUGGGAAGAGCAGCCCCAGUCCAAGUCAAACAAUCUGUUGCAGUUGCAUAUGAUACAAAACAAAAAGACCCUUAAAUACAAAAUACAUGUUUUUUAAGUGAA